CCGGGCGGCGGAGGCCGCGAUCGGGGCGGCGGCGGCAGCUGUCGGGGCAGGGCAGGGUGCGCGGAGGCCCCGGGCCGCACGUCCCGCCCGGAGCGCUGUCCCCGCCCCGCGCCGCCGGGAAUCCGCAGUGCGGAAUCUGCCGCUCCGAACCCGCCGCGCCGAGCGCGCCCCCGCGGGCCGGUGGAAAGAUGGCGUCGGUGUGGGAUGAGUCGGAGGACGGCGUCGGCGAGGAGGUGCUGAAGAUGUCCACGGAGGAGAUCGUGCAGCGCACCCGCCUCCUCGACAGCGAGAUCAAGAUCAUGAAGAGUGAGGUACUGAGAGUGACCCAUGAGCUCCAGGCCAUGAAAGACAAGAUCAAAGAGAACAGUGAGAAGAUCAAAGUGAACAAAACCCUGCCAUACCUUGUCUCCAAUGUUAUUGAGCUGCUGGAUGUUGACCCAAAUGACCAGGAGGAGGAUGGAGCAAACAUUGACCUGGAUUCCCAGAGAAAGGGCAAGUGUGCUGUGAUUAAGACCUCUACACGUCAGACAUAUUUCCUGCCUGUUAUUGGGUUGGUUGAUGCUGAGAAGUUGAAGCCUGGAGAUCUGGUGGGGGUGAACAAAGACUCUUACUUGAUCCUGGAGACUCUGCCUACUGAGUAUGAUUCACGGGUGAAAGCCAUGGAGGUGGAUGAGAGGCCCACAGAGCAGUACAGUGACAUCGGGGGGCUGGAUAAACAAAUCCAAGAGCUCGUGGAGGCCAUUGUCCUGCCGAUGAAUCAUAAGGAGAAAUUUGAAAAUUUGGGCAUACAGCCACCCAAAGGAGUCCUUAUGUAUGGGCCUCCAGGAACAGGGAAGACACUUUUAGCUCGAGCAUGUGCUGCCCAGACCAAGGCCACAUUCCUGAAGCUGGCAGGUCCACAGCUUGUGCAGAUGUUCAUCGGUGAUGGAGCGAAGCUGGUACGUGAUGCUUUUGCUCUCGCGAAGGAAAAAGCUCCUUCCAUCAUUUUCAUUGAUGAACUGGAUGCCAUUGGCACUAAAAGGUUUGACAGUGAGAAGGCCGGUGACCGGGAGGUGCAGAGGACCAUGCUGGAGCUGCUUAAUCAACUUGAUGGUUUCCAGCCCAACACACAAGUCAAGGUGAUUGCUGCAACCAACCGGGUUGAUAUCUUGGACCCAGCUUUGCUCCGAUCCGGACGAUUAGAUCGGAAAAUUGAGUUCCCAAUGCCUAAUGAAGAGGCCAGAGCCAGAAUUAUGCAGAUUCAUUCACGCAAAAUGAAUGUCAGCCCUGACGUGAACUAUGAGGAACUGGCUCGCUGCACAGAUGAUUUCAAUGGAGCCCAGUGCAAGGCUGUGUGUGUUGAAGCGGGGAUGAUUGCCCUCCGCCGUGGAGCUACAGAGCUCACCCACGAGGACUACAUGGAAGGAAUCUUGGAGGUUCAAGCAAAGAAAAAAGCCAAUCUGCAGUACUAUGCCUGAUCCCUGCCCAGUCAUGGUUGUGGCCUUGGCAGAGGACAGGAGUAGACUGGACUGUAUCGCUUACUUUCAGUCUGGAAAAAAUAAAACAUUUUUUCCCUUUAAAAACAAA